AUGCCCUCUGAGCCCCUCACAAAAUCUCAGCGGAUGGCCUACCGCAUCGGACGCGGCGAAACCGGUGUCCUGACAUUCGAGCCCUACAAGUCCGAGAUCCUUCCUUUAUGGCGUUUCAAAACACCUGCUAUCGCUCGCAAGUCUUCUUCCGACAUCUACAGCAAAUUUCUAGAAUAUGACAAGAACGACGACUUCAUUGGCAUGGACAUGUCUCGCAAAUUCUUGCAGAUGGGCAUGACUAGGGCAAAGAGAUAUGCAAACCAUGCCGGGGGAAGAAAGUAUGAUAAAAAGACUGGGGAGCUAUUGGAGAAGAGCAAGGGUCAUGAGGGGCAGGAGGAGAAAUUGGAGGCCAGUGGUAUCUUCAGAGAGGUUUGGGAGAAGGCUAAGCUGCAUAAUGGGUAUGUGGAGAAGAAGGAGAGGUUCAUGAAGGAGCAGAAAGAGUGGGACAAGGAGAAAAAGAAGGAAGCGAAGACGGAAGCCAAGGUGGAGAUCAAGACAGAGGUCAAGGAGGAGGCCGAGGAGGAGUGA